AUGAAGUUUCAAGCCAGAACGGACUCAGGUCCUGCAUCAGUCAAGGAGAUUCUAGACUUCCAUGAGGCAUUGUGCUCAACACUGGACGAGGAGAUCCCCAAGCUACCUGACGAAGUGCCCCGUCGAAAUCAAUUUUGCACCGCGGAGAGCCAGCUGCAUCUGCCACCUGCGCAGUACAAGUUGAGACCUACCUUUCGCCAGUGUGUGAUCAUUGUACGCAUGGAGUAUGAGGAGCACAGCAUCGAUGGCUCUCCUUUGAGCGAUCGUGGCGUCGUCAUUGCGUGGCGUCAAGAAGACGAUGCGGUACGGCACGAAUGUGUCCCAGACAUGGAGAGAGGUAUCUCCAGGGAAGAAGUCGAUGGACUUGGAUCUACACAGGCCGCAUUCCGAUGUUCGCUGGACGAAGCGAUGAGGAUUGUGGUCUUCACUGAUCCCGAGCGACGUACCAUGAAACGGGAAUGGCAUGGCUUCUACCGCGAGUGGCUGGGCGAGAGCGAGACCGUCUUUGUUGAACCUUGCCGUUGCUCGGGGUGCAUGCCACAUCUAUACCCGGUUGUCAUGAGGCUGCGCGGCCCUUGA